CAAACAAAAACCCUAAAAUAAAAAUAAUAGCGGCUCUGCUCUCGUCAAUUUGGAGUUGCAGUGAAGUCCAGGCAGCCGCAGAAACAAAUACACAAAAGCUCCAAAAUCGAUACCUAAACCGUUGCGAUUUACACCAUACUUGAAAACUACCAUCGAUUUUUCAGUGAAGUAGAACAAGAGAUUUAUCCAUGGCGAAGAAGAGAAAGGAGAGGAUUCUAAAUCCCGAACCAUUCGUUCCAGAAGGUACUGAAUAUGCCAAAUCCAAGAAAACCUCCAAAGCUGCUAGAAAGCACCAACAGGAAGGCGACCUCAUUGAUUCUCAUAUCAGUUCAAAGAUUAUGAAACAGGCUUUGAUUCAGCUCAAGGAAGUUGAAGACGAAGAUGAAACUAACGAGCAAAAUGUUACCAGAAGUUCGUUCAACAGACUUGAAGAAGAGCCUCGCAAGGUGGAGGAAGAUAAUAACGGUGAUGAUAUUGAUAAUAUUGAUGAAUUUGCUGGGUUCGAUGAAAAUCAAAGCCAGUUUGGGGGAUUUGAUGAAAUUAACGAGGAUGACGAGAAACUGAUGGAUGCGUUCUUAUCCAAGGACCCAGGUUCCCAGACAACACUUGCGGACGUUUUGGUUAAAAGAUUAAAAGCAAGUGAUGCUACUGUUGCUUCAGAGAAUCGACCAAUGCCUAAAUUGGACACAUCUGUAAUGGAGAUCUACAAGGGGGUUGCAACUCUUCUCAGCAGAUAUACAGUAGGCAAAAUCCCCAAGGCAUUUAAAUUCAUCCCCUCAAUGAAAAAUUGGGAGGAGGUCUUAUAUAUCACUGAACCUGAAAAGUGGUCACCAAAUGCUUUGUAUCAAGCCACUAGGCUUUUUGCUUCAAAUUUAGGUGCAAAAAGGGCUGAGCGUUUCUACAGGCUUGUGUUGCUUCCAAGAGUGAGAGAAGAUAUAAAAAAGAACAAACGGCUGCAUUUUGCUUUAUAUCAAACAUUGAAAAAGGCAUUGUACAAGCCUGCUGCUGUCUUUAAGGGAAUACUGUUUCCACUAUGUGAGUCACGCACAUGUACUCUAAGAGAGGCAGUCAUUGUUGGAAGCAUUAUAGAAAAGUGUUCUAUUCCUCCACUCCAUUCAAGUGUUGCGCUAUUGAAGCUUGCAGGGAUGGAAUAUUGUGGCACUACAAGCUAUUUCAUCAAGCUUUUUCUGGAGAAGAAAUAUGCUUUGCCAUAUCGAGUGGUUGAUGCAGUUGUUGCUCAUUUCAUGAGAUUUGAAAAUGAAACUAGGAAAAUGCCUGUUAUAUGGCACCAAUCACUUCUUGCAUUUGUGCAGAGGUACAAAAAUGAACUGCAGAAGGAAGAUAAGGAUAAUUUAAAGCUUCUUCUGGAAAAGCAAAAUCAUGCAUUAGUUACACCUGAAAUAAGUAGGGAGCUAAUCAACAGCCGUAACCGAGGUGAAAAGGAGGAUGAUCUCAUGUCAAUAUCCGCUCCAGUAUCUGUUAUUAACAAGACUAUUGAAGAAGAUAGAUUUGACAUUCCAGAUGUACCAAUGGAGUUGGACUGAUCAUUAAGGUUCCUCUUGGAGAAAAUGUUGUGUACACCCCCCUCAUCAUCUUCAUACAGGAGUGUAUCUCUCCGCAAUUUUGUACCUACGGCAUCUGUCGAAUUGGAUUUUCAUGCUUUAUGUAUUUUUUGGCGAAGUUUAGACAACUGCAUCUUUUUGCUUGUUUCUUUUUCCGAGAUACUUACCAUUGGAGCAGUCUAAUUAUUAUUGACAUUAUAAUAGAUCAUAUAAUAUAAUAUUCUUCUACUGUUUUUUU